AUGGUAAUUAGUUCUCUUAUUGGCCUCUGUGGAGUAAAUGAUCGCGAUCAUCCCGCACUGCAAUCAAUCGCCUUUGAACCAAAAGAUCAUGAUGCGAUCAAAACAUAUAGUUCUGAUCUUAUAUUUGGCUCAAAAAAAUUCUACGCAUAUGUCAACAAGCAAUUAAUGCAAGAUGAUGCAUGGCCAUUGAACAAACUCAUGCCAUUUAUUCGUAGAACUACUAGUCAAAUUAACAAUCAUGGUCCAUCUCAGGAUUGCGUUGCAUAUCGCGGUAUGUAUCUUAGCUAUGAACAACGUCAUUUUUUCACGGUAAACAAAGUAUUUCGGUUUCCCGGUUUUACUUCAACAACCAGAAAAAAGCAAGUAGCAAGAGUUGUAGGCAAUACUUUGUUCGAAAUUCACAUUUCUGCUGGUUGUCAUCAAGUGAGAGACACAUCACAGUUUUCUCACUUUAAGCAUGAAGAUGAAUUAUUAUUUUCUCCUUACUCGCGUUUCAGAGUUGUAAAAAUAAAUGUUGAAAUAAUCACUUUACAUGCACUAGAAAAUUUAUGGGAAAGUAAAAGUGAUGGCGAUUAUAAUCAUGCAAGUGGUCAUUUAGGGAUUGGUUUUAAUGACAUUCAUUUAAACCACCACUUGGGAAAUGGUUCGGGUAACAGUUAUUCCAUUAAAUGUCAGUCACCUUGCCAUUCUAUUAGCAAACCACCGCCAAUUCCCAGCAUAAAAAGUAAACAAAAUCUUUCUAAAACUAGUGCUUAUAAGUCUAAUAUAACAAAUAAUACGACAUCAUAUUCAAACACCGUUUCCAAGUAUCAUUCAACAAAAACUAAGAGCAUUAAUACACUAAGUGCCUCUACACUUCAUAAAACAAGCAGUGCGACAUUAUAUCCAAAAAACGUUUCCAAACAUUAUCCAGCAAGCACUAGUAAUCUUCAUAAAACAAGUAGUGGCACAUCUCAUCCAAAAACUGUUUUCAAAUAUCAUUCAACAAGUAAUAUGAGUCUUCCUGCAUCAAGUGUCUGGAAUCCUAAGAAAACUGUCAGUACAACAUCUUAUCCAAAAACUGUUUCCAAAUAUCAUUCAACAAGUAAUGUGAGUCUCCAUACGUCAAGUGUCUGGAAUCCUAAGAAAACUGUCAGUACAACAUCUUAUCCAAAAACUGUUUCCAAAUAUAAUUCAACAAGUAAUGUGAGUCUUCAUACAUCAAGUGCAGGGAAUCGUCGUAAAACAAGUUGUGCGACAUCUUAUCCUACAGCCGUUCCCAAAUAUCAUUCAAAAAGUGUUGCAAGCCUGUCUACAUCAGAUGCUGAGAGUCUUCCUUCAUCAAAUACUAAAAAUAUUCAUACAUCAAAUGUAAGGAAUCUACAUAAAAUAAGUUGUGCCACAUCUUAUCCAAAAACUGUUUCGAAAUGCCAUGAAACAAGUACUGACAAUCUUCCUAUACCAAAUGUUUGGAAUUCUAAUGAAAUUAUUAGUGCAACAUCGUACCCGCAGAUCGAUUCCAAUGAUCAUGCAACAAGUACUGAGAGUCUUCCUGCAUCAGAUAAUAAUAGUCUUCCUACAUCAAGUACGGAGGGACUUCCUACAUCAAGUGUCUGGAAUCCAAAGAAAACUGUCAGUGCCACAUCUUAUUUAAGAACCGUUUCCAAAUAUCAUCGAACAAGUACUGAAAAUCUUCCUACAUCAAGUAUCUGGAAUUCUGAUACAACAAGUAGCUUGUCAUUAUAUCCAACAGUCGUUUCCAAAUAUCAUUCAAAAAGUGCUGCUAGCCUGUCUACAUCAGAUGCUGAGAGUCUUUCUUCAUCAAAUACUAAGAAUAUUCAUACAUCAAGUGCAUGGAAUCUUCAUAAAAUAAGUUGUGCCGCAUCUUAUCCAAAAACUGUUUCGAAAUACCAUGAAACAAGUACUGACAAUCUUCCUAUACCAAAUGUUUGGAAUCCUAAUGAAAUUGUUAGUGCAACAUCGUAUCCGCAGGUUUUUUCCAAUGAUUAUGCAACAAGUACAGGUGGUACAGCAGAUACUCUAAAUCUCAAGCAAACAAGUACUGAAAUAUCUGAUGUAAAAAGAAAUUCGAAAUCUUGUACAACUGCGACUCCGAUGCUUUCUGCAGAAAGUUGUUCGAGGAACAUCGAGCAAACUCCCUCAACUUUAAUUAAGAAGAAGAAGAAGAAGCAGAAACGCUUCUCAUGUGUAAUACUUUAA